AUUCCAUGCGAGCAAAGAAAGAGAGAGCUCUUCAACGGAAAGCCCAACCCCCCAAGACGCGCUCCCCCUUCCCCCUCCCAUCCCAAUCCUCGCUGCUCGCCAUUUCGCCAAUCUUUGUUGCGACUCCCAAAUCUCGCCAUUCCCCCCGAUCCCCAAUCUCACGCGCCCUUCGCCUCCCAAAUCUCCCCUCUCCCGCGCCCGCGCCCGCGCCACCCCCAAAUCGCUCCUCCCCCGCCACCGCCCCCCACUCGCCGGACGGCCCUCCCGCCCACACGGCGUCCGCCGCCAGGGCCCCCUCCCGUGCCCGCCCAACCGGCGCGCCUGCCCGCAGGGCCGCCGCCGCCGCACGAUGCCCCCAGGCCGCCGCCGCCGCCAGUCUGCCUGACCGGCGCUGCUGGCGCCCACCGCACCUCCGCCCGCGGUUCCCCGCGCAACAGCAGGCCAAGGGACGAUGGAGGAAGAUUUCACCUUGGGGAACAGUACGGCGGACUGCGGCGGCGGCGGCGGCGGGGAGUUGACGGCCAGCCCACCCGAGGAGCACCAUUCGCCGGCCGGAGGAGUGGUCACUCGCUCCGUGAGACCCAACCAGAAACGGUCCAAGAACUUCAGCACCAGGGAGGACGAGAUGCUGGUGCGGGCGUGGCUGAACGUGAGCGUGGACCCGGUGCAGGGCAGCGAGCGCGCCGCGUACUGGAAGAGGAUCCACGAUUACUACCACUCCGGCAGGGACUUCGAGUCGGACCGCAACCAGAACUCCAUCACGCACCGCUGGUCUACGAUCCAGGAGAGUGUGGGCAAGUUCGAGAGGUGCCUGAGCCGGGUCGAGGGUGCGGACCAGGAUGGGGUGAUUACUCAGGAUGAGAUUAUGCAAGCACUUGCUCUGUACAAGUCUGAAGAUCAGAACAAUAGGUCAUUUCAGUUUCUGCAUUGCUGGAAUCUCUUAAGAACCCAUCAGAAGUGGAUUGAUAGGUCAUCUCAGAAAUCAUCUCAUAUACCGUCUCAGAAAAAACAGAAGACAGCUCCCAGUUCGAGUCCGAGUUCAUCUGCUCCAUGUGCUCUUGAGGACGGUGAGGCUGCAGCUCAAGAAUGUGAGGUACCGACAGAGACAGAGACAGAGCCAAUAGGAGCGAUGGACGAGGAUGUUGACUUGUCGCCCGAGGGAAACAAUUCAGUAGAUUGGGGUGGCAGCGAGCUGAUGGUUAGCGCACCUGAGGAGCAACAUUGGCCGAUUGGAGUGGCUACUCGCUCCAUGAGUCGGAACAAGCGAAGGACAAAGAAUUUCAGUAACAGGGAAGACGAGAUGCUGGUGUUGGCGUGGCUGAAUGUCAGCGUGGAUCAGGUCCAAGGCAGUGAACGCUCUACGUACUGGCAGAGAAUUUAUGACUACUACCACUCAAAAAAGGACUGUGAAUCAAAUCGCAAUCAAAAUUCCAUCAUGCACCGGUGGUCUAUUAUUCAAGAUAGCGUAAGCAAAUUCGAGAGAUGUCUAGCCCGGAUUGAGGGUACAAGCCAGAAUGGGGUGAUAACUCAAGACGAGAUUGUGCAAGCACUUGCUCUAUUCAAGUCCGAAGAUCAGAACAACAAGUCAUUUCAAUUUUUGCAUUGCUGGAAUCUCUUAAGAACCCAUCUGAAGUGGAUUGGUAGGUCAUCUCCGGUUGCACCUCAGAACUCGUCUCAGAAAAAACAGAAGACAACUCCCAGUCCAAGUCCGAGAUCAUCUGCUCCAUGUAUUCUCGAGGACAGUGAGGCUGCAAUUCAAGAAUGUGAGGUGCCAAUACAGCCAAUGGGUAGGAAUAUGGAGAAAGAAAAUUUACAGCAAGGUGGAGAUAGUUUGUCCCUAGAAAAUUUACAAGGUGGAGAUAGUUUGUCCUUAGAGGCGAUAGAUAAUCUGUGCGCAGAGAAGAAUGAGGCGGAUGUGGAGAAAGAGCGCAAGGAAAAUGAGAGAGCAUAUGCACUAGAACAAGAGAGGGUUGCGCUUGAACAAUUGAGGGCUGCUAACGAGGCCAAAAGUCUUGAAACAAGGAGCAAAGAAUUAGAUUUGAAGAGCAAAGAGCUAGAUUUGAAGAUAAUGCUAGAAGAAGAGAGAAUUAUGGCUUUGGACAUUAGUGCCAUGUCCGGGCCACAACAACAAUACUACAAGAGCCUACAGAAUGACAUCAUCACUCGACGGUUCAAUCGCUCAGGUUGAGCUUGUAUGAACAACUCCUGUUAGUAUUAGCUAUUAUGUUAGGUGAACUUUAUUAAGUUGCAGGGACCGUUAUGGUAUGCGAACCUUGCUGAAUGGACUAUUAUGCGCAAGGAGUCGUUGAAAUGGACUUUAGUUGCAUUGCAAAAUUUGCAAUGGACCUGUUGAAACCCAAAUUUGUGUCUUUUUAUUCAAAUUGAACAA